AGCCUUUUAAUUUAUAUAAAGGCUCUACCGUUUGUAUGGUAAACUGUUUAGAUGUAACUCACCCACUAUGUCAAUAUUCUCCUGGGUUGAAGGAAGGCGGCAAGGUGUCCAAUCCAUAUACCAGAAAUCAGGUCAACCUUGCUCCGAUUUUGGACGUUUUCUCAACCAACAUGCCUCAACUCAAAAAAUUGAAAACAUACUUUGGAAACAGCUUUACAAAAAGAGUAGCAAGAAUGACCACAGACAUAAUGUAGGUUAUGGAGGCGUGUUUGGAUUGAAGUAUUCACCAGAUGGUAAACUGGUAGUAGCAGCAUGUGAGCGUGAUGCAGUUGUGAUGCUUGAUCCUCGUACAAUGAGUGUGGUGAAUAAACGUGAACAUGUUCAUACAAAACACUGCAACACAAUUUCAUUUAUUGAUAACCUUCUCUUCACAACUUGCUCCGAUGAUGGAAACGUCGCAAUCUGGGAUAUUAGGAGCAUGAGAGAGGAAGUUUUAAAGCUUUGCGGUCACACUAGUUGGGUGAAGAACGUUGAAUAUCAUAAACCUAGCAAAUGUCUUGUAUCUGCAGGAUUUGAUGAUAAUAUCAUUACAUGGGAUAUAAACAAUUUGCUUCCGAAUGGAGAAUGCAAAUCUGAAGUCGUAUUAACUUGUCCUCGAUUAAUGAGAAUGAGAUUAUCACCUGAUGGUAACAGUAUGUACAUUUCUACUAUUCAAGCUGUAGAUCUGAUUGCAAUCCACAAUCUUGAGAUUGAAAAGCUUACCACAGACAUAAACAAGCUUGUAUUAAAUGAUGAGUUUGGAGAUUAUUUCGUUCAAUUUAACAACACACAAGUCCCUGUCAAUCGUGAAGAACCAUUUGAAGCACAAUCACAACCAAUGACAAGAAGGAACCACUUAGAAUUGUACUAUGGUCACAGUUCUGACCUUACGAAGCGUGACCCUAUUAAUGUCUUCUGCCAAUCUAUUGAUGUGCACCCACAGAACAUGGCUGUUGUAUUGAGAUAUGACAGGUUUGCAACCUCAGUGGAAAAGUUAACUUCAGUGCACAACACAUGGUCUCACUACCAUGGUGAGCAUCAAGGGAAUAAUAAAUGGCAGGCAGAUGCACAAGGUAAUUCGUCUAUCCCGUUACCUCGUGGCCAGACCACUAACGUAAUGAUGGAAGAGAGCCUUGACAAUAUUGAAUACAUUCAAGAAGUCUCAUUCUCACCAUGCGGAACGAUUUAUCCGGCAUCUCCAUUUGGCUAUGGGCAUUAGACUCGUCUCAUUACGGAUUCGAACCUGUAUGAUUACCAGACACACAUGGCGUCUCGUGUGCACGGAAUGCACAAGAGUGCCAAAGGUUCGGACACGGUUAUGCCAGCACACACAUUCAUUGAUGCUGCCCCUUUGCACGACGUGACUUAUUGUUUCGGACACCGUAGUUUGGUGCUGUCCACUGCUUUUUCACCAGUUGGAAUACAAAUCGUCACUGGCUCAAAAAAUGGCGAGAUUGUAUUUUAUGAACCAGUUUUAUGAUCAUUGAUUUACUUAACUUGUUUGCCUUUGAAGGUCCAAUGAUAAUGUUCCAAUACUACAUACAUUUAUUUUGUUAAGUGCUGAUCCAUUAGGACCUUAACGUCAACGAGUAUCCAUGUUAGUUCACUGGAUUUAAGCAUUUUAAAUCCAAGGGUGUAGUGUCUGCCCUAAAAUGAAGGCAUCAAA